AUGGAUUCUGAUGAAUCCGACUUCUACGGUGACGACGAGAUGGUCGGUGACCUCGAGUCUCGGGUCACAGCAUUUGACAUUUCCCAGUGGUGGGAAGAAACGAAUGCCGCCUCGGUGGGCCGUAAAGUCAAGAAGGAGCCUCUUGACAGCACCAAACUUCACAACCCAUACGCGGGCGUUCCCUAUGCGUGGCAGUUGACGGAGACCGUUAAUGACUUCCUUGAUCGUCUCCCCCCCGAGACAACCGAGCACAGCGAGCAUCUUCCGUGGAUUUUUAUUUGCAAUCCGUACAUUCACAGACAGGAGAAAUUCAAUUCCCAGAACCAGCGCAGCAGAGGCAACGAGGAUGAAGCACCCGAGGAGGAGGGAUCACGGCUCGAUACUCUUGUUGAGGGAGGUACCGAGAGAUUAGAGAUCCUGCUCAACUACAAGCAAGGAGUCGAGAACACCAAAAAAACCAAGGCAUGGAUGCUUUUCUAUCAGCCUAAAGAUGUAAACGAAGUCUGGAAUAUCAUUGCGAGGGCCACGGCCAACAACGAGCUGGGUAUUGCCGCAAAAGUCGCCCCUUGGAACCCAUAUACGGACCCGACCGGCCGGAAAGACCGGAUCAUUUGCGUGUAUACGGCCAACUUCAGCGAUAUGACAGAUGUCACACGGGUCUUGCGUCGGCUGAGAGAGCUGAAGCUUGUCGAGCUUAUGGGACGUCCUAUUUACUACAAACCAGAUGCGUUCACUUACCUCGGUAUUGCUCACGGCAACCAUUGGGGCAUGAAAGCCUCAAUUUACAGUUCCAAAGAUGUGUUAUCCUAG